AUGCCUCUCUUGCCACACGCCAGCGCAUCACAGGUGGUGAUUGUCACAGGGGGUUCCCGCGGCUUCGGCGCUGCCAUUGUGAAACGGUUUACGCGCGAAGGCUGCAAAGUUAUUGUACUCGACCUAGAGGCGGGCGACGAGCACAACAAUUUGCACUACCAAAAAGCAGACGUGACGAUACGGGCGUCCUGGGAAGAGGCAUUGGUCUUUGCUGAGACGACCUACGGCCGCCUCGACAUCGUUGUCAACAAUGCGGGAAUCGCAUUUGACAACGCACUCAUCCACACAAAGACAAUGCAGGAGUACGACAAGACGUUUGACGUCAACGUGCGGCCCGUCUUUUUGAGCGCUCAAGCCAUCGCUCCGUUCAUGCUCCAACAAGGCCACGGCGCCUUUGUCAACAUCACCAGCACCGGUUUUACUCGCCCGCGCGCGGGAUUCGCUAUUUACAAUGCGUCCAAGGCGGCGGUGGCCAUUGCCACCAAGACCAUGGCAUUGGAGUACGCGCCGACGAUUCGUUUCAAUGGCAUUGCCCCCUCGGUGGGCAACACGGCUAUGCUGCAGGCCAGCCUGGGCGAGAACGAAACAGAGUGCGCCGAGAAACUUGAAAAAUUGAUGGCCCUGCUGCCGAUGCAGCGACUGUGCGGACCGGACGACGUGGCCAACGCAGCGUGGUUUUUGGCCUCCGAAGAGAGCUCGUUUAUCACGGGGACGAUUUUAGACGUAGACGGUGGACGGGGGGUGUAA